CGUUGUUGCCAGUUUGCUUUAAGUCUAGUUUUCACAGGUGGGUUUCGUGUCGUCAUAAACGUUGGCAAGAGUUGCUCGGCGAAGCUCACGCGCCUGCUGUCCUGCGUCGCACCGUCCCGUCCUCAGUCGGCGCACUGCGUCAUGGCGACAGCGGAGAAAAAGUUACGCAUUUACUAACCGGAGAGUGGGGAAUAUAUCACCGUGGCAGCCAGCAGAGACACCAUGGUGGAUUACAGUGUGUCAGAUGGAGCUGGAGCCCUUGUUUUAAAGAGAGGCGGCUCUUUUAAAAUGGAGGAGCUGGCUCUUAGUGACUUACUGGAAUGUCCUCUGUGUUUUGAGCCUCUGGAUGCGUCAGCCAAGGUCCUGCCCUGCCAGCACACUUUCUGUAUGUCCUGCCUGCAGAGGCAAGGUGCAGCCCACUCCCAGAUGCUGCACUGCCCCGAGUGUCGUACUCCCGUCCCGUUCAGGACUGUGGAGGAGCUUCCACAAAAUCUCCUGCUAGUGCGGCUGCUGGAGGGGCUCCAGGGUUCACAGGGGCCAAGCAGGGACAGACAGACUGCCCGCUACACAGUGCCCUUGGACAGGGGCGGCUUGACAGCCAGGGAGGGUCAGCAGCAGCCAGAGAGUCAACACAGAGAGAAGCAAGGGCACAAUGAGCUUGGUCUCAGAGCUUUGAUGCGUAACCAACGUGGCGAUUCAUCUGGAGAGCUGGUCCUCAUGCCUGCUAACAGUAUCACCCCGAAACACAAAGUGGAUGAGAACUGGCACCACGGAAACGCUGGUGACGGUAGCGGUGGCUCUGUCACCGGCAGCGCUCUGCAGGCCGUCAGCCAGAUGCCCCAGCUGCAGCCCCUCCAGCAGUCCCAACCUCCGGCACUCUGCAGGGCGCUGCUCGACUUCAACCCUGAAGAGAGGAAUCUGGAAGACAGUAAAUAUUAUCUCAGCUUCCUCAAGGGAGACAUCCUUACUGUCAUCAGACGGGUGGAUGAACACUGGAUUGAAGCCAAGCUCGGGGAGAAAGUUGGAAUUUGCCCUUUGCAGUUUACAGAGCCAAACUCAGUGGCUGCCAAACUGCUAGAGGGAAAGACUCGGAGGGGGAGUGACUCAGCAGAAUUUCACCACCGGACUGGGAGUGGGGGAAAAGACAAGGCCACUGACGUAUCCGGUAGGACCACCCAUUACGGAGUCCCAGCAACGACCAUCAAUGCUUUUCCCGUCUCCAACCAGCGGAAAGAGCCAGCACCCAGCAGCAUCAACUUUUAUCCGUCUACAAAAGGAGAAACAACCAACAUCAGCACCUCCAACAACUUUAGCCGCCAGGGUCAGCCUCACCACCUCUCUGUGUCUCUUGGUGCCCGGGGCCACUCUCAUUCCUCGAGAGUGAACUCUCAGCGAGUAAGACGCCACUCUGACACCACACACAGGCACCUGUUACAGAGUGAGAAGAAGAUGAACAGUGAGACUCCACCCACCAUCUCUAUGGCUCUGGUGAACCCCCAAAUGUCCUCUGCCUCUGCAGACAGCAAAAACUCCUCCACACAGCAGCUCUCCAUCAGUGUGUGUGCCGUCCUGUACUCCUACAAACCACGGCGGCCUGAGGAGCUGGAGCUGAGGAAAGGAGAGAUGGUGGGAGUGUACGGAAAGUUCAAAGAAGGCUGGCUGCGUGGGUUAUCGCUCAGAACGGGCAAAGUUGGCAUUCUGCCCAGCAACUACAUCACGCCUGUGCUCAGAACCUCUGCCAGACUCCUGGAGACAAAAGCAGCUAAUACGUCCUCACAGUACAACACAGUAGCUGGAAAGAAGCCCACAGCUGCCAAGAAUCCUGCUGUGGUCCUUGCUCUUGAUAGGGUAAACUCUGAUGGAGGGAUUUACUCAACAGGACAGGUCCCAUCUGCGCCAAAUGGUAAACCGUCCCUCUAUGGGGGUUCCCAAGGUUGGGACACUGUGAGGCGCAUCUUUAACCCUCAUAGAGGCUCAAACCAUUUCUCCCAUACGUCCAAUCUGAAUGUCCCGUCCAACUCACAGCACUUUGCACAGGUUCAGGCAUCUGGUUAUUCACCUGCCCUGCAAAGGAAGAAAAUCAGCAGCAUCCUGCCCAACUCUGGAAGGCCACGAGGCUGGAUGACUGAGUCAGCAGCACCCUCUGCUGCUGCAGUUUAUAAGGACAGGGACUUCACUGCUUCACAUGAGGCAACAUUUCAGAAUGACAGACAUCCUCCCAAUGGGCCUCACUCAAUUCUUGUCAGACCUGACUCACACAAGAAUAAUACAGACAAGCCAGCCAAGUCAGUGAGGUUCUUUACAGAUGAAGACUCCCCUCCUCCAAGACAACGGACCUAUUCCUGGUCGUCAGAAAAUCAUGCCCCCUCAAACUCCCGUCCUGGCCCCCCUCCAUUAGAAGUAUGGGCCCCAUCACUCACGCUGGGAAGAGAUGGACCAGGGAUCAUUCUCAAAGAAGGAAAAGCUCCUAUUCUCAGGAAAGGCCUUGAAACUGCCGUCUCAGAUCUAAAUUCUAACCAUCAGAAACCAAUACUGUCACAGCCUUCACUAUCAGCUGUGUCAGCUCAGUUCAGCCCCAGCAGACACAGAGUGAAAACAACACAUUUAGCCCAGAUGGACUCAGAGCUAAGUCUGCUUCAAGGAGAGCUCGUCCUCGUCCACAGACCUCGACCUGAUGGACGAGUCCUGGUUACUCAGGAGAGCAGUGGGCAGACAGGCUUAUUCCACAGCAGUGUUCUUCAAGCCCUUGAGAGGCUAAGCUGACUGUGUAGUACUACUCUAGUAGUGUAUAUUUCUAUAUUCUAUGUGAUUAAACUGCCAAAUGACUUGACUGACCUGCUGAACAACAAGAUGUGUGUUGAGGUCCAAAGGUUGAUACUGCCAUUGACAAUCCUUUGAAGGAAGUGUUUAUUUUUUGUCCUGAGUGCAUAUGAGAGUGUGGUUAAAUUCCCCAGAGAUAUAUUAUGUGUUCUUCAACCUAUGUGCAUGUUUGUUACACAUGUACUAUUAUAACAUUUUGCACAAAAUCCCACCUAAUGACUGUUCCUUGUUUCCAUGUUACACGCAUUGGUCAGUGCCUUUGUCAAAACCCACAAAGAAACAAACUAUAUUUAAAUAUAUUUAGAGAAAUUAUGAGGUAAAAUAUAUGUACUGCUUAUGUGGUAAUAAACUAUACUUCCAGAA